AGCUGCUCUGGGAAAAGGAACGUCAGAACAACAUGUCUUUAUCCACGAGAAGAGUUGGCUCCAGUCUUGUAGUCCUCGGGCACAAACUGUACAAAUGGAGAGGAGACACGGCAUUCACUUCAAAAUCGGAGCCUGAAAGCACUAUCGAGGUAUUUGAUUUUACGACUGGAGAAUGGCGCACCUUUGAAACUUCCCCAGAGUCAGAGGGAGGAGGAGUCUGGGAAGAGUUUGAUUGUGGGAGCAUAGACAUGCCUGAGUCUGUCACAGGGUGUUCAAUGGCCGGAGUAGGAGAAAGCACGCUCUACCUGUUUGGUGGGUUUGGUACAAUGGAGAAAGAGGUGUACUAUAGAGGGCUGUUCAGGCUCGACGUCAACACUUGGAAGUGGAAGAGACUUGAGCCAAUCAACGAUUACGACGGGCCAAUGGCAAAGUAUCUAGCUGGUAUGGUAACGCUGGACGAUAGUCGAGGAUUGCUACUCAUAUUUGGUGGGUUUGGGGUGAUGAACAAGGCUCAGCAGCGCCAGAGAGGAGCCAAUUACUUGUGGAGUCAAGAGUUCAAUGCCGUAUGGACUAAUGAGCUCCAUAUAUUCGACACCAGAGAGUCAGUGUGGAGAGGGAUUGAAACGACCGGAAUGAAACCUCCUCCGUGUGCAGCUGCCUCUUUCACAAGGAUAGAUAGACACAGGAUAGCAUUGUUUGGUGGUAGGCAGCAAAAGGAGAGAGUGAAUGAGUUACAUAUACUUGAUACUUCAUCCUGGCAUUGGUCUGGCCCUAUCAUCCAACCGUCGCCUGAUAAGCCAUGGCCUUCUCCUCGCUCACUCCACACAGCUGUCUCUCUUCUUGAUCCCUUCUAUGUACAGCCUCCUUCCCUAGCUUCUUCCAUUGAGAACAAUACUAAUCCAAGCGAUGCACUGUUUACCAAGCAAAACCUUCUCGUCCUUUGGGGCCAGGAUACUAAUGGAGACCAGCUCUCGCAUGCGUGGCUCCUCGACACGGAAACACUGUCUUGGAAUAUGUAUCGUAGAGUGUUGCCUUGCCAGGGGCGAAAGUGGCACAGCAGUGCUGCUUAUUAUCCUAGUCCUUACGAGGCCGUCGUUGUCACAACUGGAGGAUUCAAUCGGAGCGAGAUGAUGCUGUUUCUUGAUCCAAAGAAUCCCAAUCCGGACACUUUUUAUUUCAAAACCGGAGUCUGUUCACUCUAUCAGCUUUGUCUCCAGUGUAUCAGUUCUAUUGAUGAUGGUAGUGUUGGUGGUAAGGAGAAAUAUACAAAGGUGCUCUUCUGUCUACCCAAGCAUAUACAAAGACAUCUUCAUGAAUUCAAAGUCACCGAAAAGCAAAAUCAACUCAUCCAACUGGUCGAUCAUGGUUCAAAGUUUUGUUUAGAAAAAUAGUCAGUUUUUCACUUUUUUGUACAGCAUAAAAAAAUUUUUUUACAAAAACUUAUAAAUUACCUCAUCAGUUUUGUAUAAACACACACUCAAGAAUUCAUUUUCAAUCAGAGUUAAUAGCAUUGUA